AUGUCGGAAAAUUUCCUUGUUUUUGGGCUCCCUUUUUUGCCACAGUGCACUGACACGCUUCCAUCCUCUCAGUUCAAGUGUCUCGUGGCAGAAAUGGGACCUUUGGGUCAAGCUCUCCGGCCGUUCGUGGUCCCUACGCUGAAAGUGGGAACCCUCGACUCGUUGAUAGAGGCAAGUGAUGAGCUCGCGAAACUUGAUCCACAACUUGAGAUUACUGUGGAGAAGUUAAUUGCCCUUAUGGAGGAGACUUCUCAGAAGCCACGAAGUGUCGUUACUGCACUUCGCAUUAAUCAAACGCAGGAAAUGACUCCAGCAACAUACAUAAAGAAUUUUCUAUGGAGUUCGGCGCAAUUUGACACAAGGGAAAAAAUACAUGUCUUAAUAGAGAAACUAUCUCAAAUUUCGGCAUCAACAGAGGAGCGUGUUCGUGUGUUGUUAACUGAAUAUAAUGAUACACGAAAUAGGCUAACAGCUGUGACUCGAAAGGCCCAGGGAAAUUUGUCUGUGAAACCCAUUCGGGAAUUGGUUGCCUCGUACAAUCAAAAGUUUCAGUGCUUUGUGGACACUGAAAUGCUUGGUACAUUAUUCAUUGUUGUACCUUUGGCCUCCCAAAAGGAAUGGCUUGAAACAUAUUGGUCUCUCAAUGAAUUUAUUUGUCCUCAAUCAAACCGUGUGAUUGCGGAAGAUAAAGAAUGUGUUCUUAACGGGAUUGUUGUCUUUCGAAAAGCGAUGGAUGAUGUCAAGAUGGCCUGCCGAAAGAAGCGUUUUACGGUUCGGGACGUGGAUGGGGUUGAUGAUCUUACGGAAACAGAAAUAAAAGAGUUGAAUCAGAAAGCUGAAAAGGAACGAAAAGCGCUUUAUACUGUGCUUUGGCAACAGUAUUCUCUCUGUUAUGUGGCGUGGGUGCAUGUAAAAGCACUUCGUGUGUUUGUUGAGAGCCUGCUCAAGUAUGGUUUGCCUCCGCGCUGCAUAUCAGUUGUAUUACAGGUGGAUAGGAAGAAAGAAGCGGAAAUACGAAGGAAGAUCUCGCAGAUUUACCCCAAUUUAAUCUCUCCCUUAGCGAAUGAGCCCAUAACUGAUACUGGAAUGCUGCAAUAUGAAUAUCCUUAUGUCUCGUUGAAGGUAACCAACUUUCAGAAGGAAUAG